AUGGGCAUCUACAACGCAUUCCUCCAUGGCUACCUCGAUGAGGAUAUUUACAUGACGCCGCCUGAUGGGUAUGCUGCAGCUCCUAAUUUGGUUUGCAAACUGGAGCGUUCUCUUUACGGCCUUAAACAAGCCUACCGACAGUGGAACAUGGAAUUUACUCGCAAGCUCACUGAUUUCGAUUUUAGGCAGUCUGUUCACGACCAUUGCCUGUUCCUCAAGCCUUCUUCCUCGGGUCCUAUGGCCUUAAUUGUAUAUGUUGACGACAUUUUGGUAACUGGGCCUUCUAUUGCCGAUAUAUCUCUAGUAAAGACUUAUCUUCACAGGUUGUUCACGAUCAAAAACUUAGGCGACGCUCGUUAUUUCCUUGGGUUGGAGAUCGCUCGUGGUGCUUCAGGCCUUUUUGUAUCACAAACCAAAUACAUCAUGGACAUCGUGCGUGACACUGGUUUGGUUCAGGCGAAAUCUGUCUCCGCUCCACUGCCCACAGGUCUUAAACUAUCUUCGACUUUUGGUGCUCUACUCCCUUGUCCGAACUCCUACAGGCGUCUUGUUGGGCAGUUGUUGUACUUGGGCUUCACUCGUCCCGACAUUUCCCACUCGGUGCAACAGUUGAGCCAGUAUCUUACGCAACCUUGUGAUGCUCAUUGGCAUGCAGCCCUUCAUGUUGUCCGUUACCUCAAGGGGUGCCCCUCCCAAGACCUUUUUUUUCCUGCUCAGAAUUCAUUUGUUCUUCGUGCCUUUUGCGACGUAGAUUGGGCGUCUUAUGUUGAUUCUAGGCGCUCCCUUACUGGAUUUUGCGCCUUCCUUGGUAAUGCUCUGGUGUCUUGGAAGACUAAGAAGCAACCUACCGUCUCCCGUUCUACUACCGAAGCUGAAUACCGCAGCCUCGCGGCCACUGUUUGUGAGCUUCGCUGGUUGUCUUACAUUCUUGCUGAAUUUAACAUUCCCCUAUCUCUUCCCAUUGAUUUCUGUGACAAUAAGGCCGCGCUGCACAUUCUUGCCAAUCUCAUGUUCCGCGAACGUACUAAACAUAUUGAGUUGGAUUGCACUUGGUUCGUGAUGCGUACAAGGAGGGGUUUAUUUCUCCUUCCUUCGUUUCCAACUCGCUUCAACUUGCCGACGUCUUCAUGA